CCACCUUCGGCACUCACCCACCACUGCCGCCGCCACCGGCAGCGCCUCCUUCUCUCCUCCUCCUCCCCUCUUCUCUCUUUGGCAGCCGCUGGACGUCCGGUGUUGAUGGUGGCAGCGGCGGCAGCCUAAGCAGCAGCAGUCCUCGCAGCACUCCAGCUCUCGCUCCCCCUGCCUGCUUCUCCAGCCCUCUCACUCAGUCUCCCGAAAGGUGCUGGGCAGAUUCCGGGCGGCUGAGGCUAAGCGGCUGCAGCGGCGGUAGCGGCGGCGGCAGCGCUAGCGGCGGCGGCGGCUGCAGGAGGCAGAAUGAGCGCACGCGGUGAAGGCGCCGGGCAGCCGUCCACUUCAGCCCAGGGACAACCUGCCGCCCCGGCGCCUCAGAAGAGAGGACGCGGCCGACCCAGGAAGCAACAGCAAGAGCCAACCUGUGAGCCCUCACCUAAGAGACCCAGGGGAAGACCUAAAGGCAGCAAAAACAAGAGUCCCUCUAAAGCAGCUCAAAAGAAAGCAGAAGCCACUGGAGAAAAACGACCACGAGGUAGACCCAGGAAAUGGCCACAACAAGUCGUUCAGAAGAAGCCUGCUCAGGAGGAGACUGAAGAGACAUCCUCGCAAGAGUCCGCGGAGGAGGAUUAGGGGGCGCCAGCGUUCGAUUUCUACCUCAGCAGCAGUUGGAUCUUUCGAAGGGAGAAGACACUGCAGUGACCACUUACUCUCUAUUGCCAUGGUCUUUCCA